AAGAGUAUCCAAGAUACAUUCCCUCAAAAAGGGUUGGAGAGUCCUUAGAUAAAUAUAAUAAGAAAGAGAAAGUGGGUCUUUUUGAUUUUGAGACAUGGAUUCCAAUGGAGGAAAGAAGAGUAUCCAAACAGCAAUGGAAGUGUUGCUUGGGAUUGUAUUUCUUGGUUGGAUGAUGAUGUGGAUAAUGAUGCCCACAAGCACCUACAGACAGAUAUGGCAGCCAAAGCUACGGUCUGAAACAAAUUCUACCUAUUUCGGUACACAAGGUGCAAAUAUGCUAACCUUUACAUUUCCCAUCUUAUUCAUUGCUGCAUUGGGCUGUGUUUAUCUCCAUUUGCGAAAGAAAGAUGGUAGCUACAAUGGAUGCAAUGGUAGAAAUCAACGGCUUGCCAUAUGGAGACGGCCUGCGAUUGUGAAAGGCCCAUUGGGGAUUGUUUCAGGCAUAGAGCUGGCCUUCUCUUCCAUGUUUGUUGCACUCCUCAUCUGGUGUUUCUCCAGCUUCUUGCACGUCGGCUUCAAAGCUGUCAAUGCACAGUCCGCCCAGGCAGACGGCGAGAAAGUGUGGGAAGCUAAGCUAGAUACUGCAGCUCUACGGUUGGGAUUGCUGGGCAACAUCUGUUGUGGAUUUCUCUUCUUUCCAGUCACACGAGGAUCGUCGAUCUUGCCGCUGGUGGGCCUCACUUCGGAGGGAAGUAUCAAGUACCAUAUGUGGAUUGGACACAUUGUCAUGACCCUCUUCACGGCGCAUGGUCUGUGUUACAUUAUCUUGGGGGCUGCAACGGGUCACAUUUCUGAGUUGCUAAAAUGGAAUACGAUCGGGGUGGCGGUCGUGCCAGGAGAAGUAGCAUUAAUCGCAGGGCUGCUCAUGUGGGCCACAAGCAUCCCACGUGUACGGCGUAAGAUGUUCGAGCUCUUCUACUACACACAUCAUCUCUACUUCAUAUUCCUUUUCUUCUUCCUACUCCACGUCGGCAUCUCGUUCUUCUGCUACAUUCUACCUGGCAUCUAUCUCUUCCUCCUCGACCGCUACCUGCGAUUCCUACAGUCGAGACGCAACGUCCGUUUGGUCUCGGCCCGCAUCCUACCAUGUGAAGCGAUCGAGCUCAACUUCUCCAAAAGCCCAGGGCUGACUUACACUCCGACGAGCAUCGUGUUCAUCAACAUGCCGAGCAUUUCGGCUCUUCAGUGGCAUCCUUUCACUGUGACCUCUAACAGUAGCAUGGAGCCCGAUAAGCUCAGCGUCAUCAUCAAGAACGAAGGAUGCUGGACCCAAAAGCUCUACCAGAUGAUUUCAUCGCCAUCUUCCGUCGACCGUCUGGAUGUUUCAGUUGAAGGACCUUAUGGUCCAGUUUCAACUCACUUCCUAAGGCACGAUGCAUUGAUAAUGGUAAGUGGCGGUAGCGGCAUUACUCCAUUCAUCUCCAUCAUUCGAGAGCUCAUCUUCCGUAGCACCACAGAAAGCUCGUCGGUCCCACGCGUCCUCCUCAUUUGUGCAUUCAAGAACUCUGAGGACCUCACCAUGCUCGAUCUCCUCCUUCCAAUCACUGGCACCCCAUCCGACAUCUCCCGCUUCCAACUCCAGCUUGAGGCCUUUGUCACUAGAGAGAAAGACCCCACCAAUGCCCAAGCCCAAAAACAACUCCGGGCAAUGUGGUUCAAGCCCAGCCCAACAGACGCACCCAUCUCUCCAGUGCUGGGCCAAAACAACUGGCUAUGGCUCGGCGCAAUCAUAUCAGCCUCAUUCAUCAUGUAUCUCAUACUUCUGGGCAUUCUCAACCGUUACUACAUAUACCCCAUCGAUCAUAACACUAACAAUAUCUAUUCCUAUUCAUCGAAAGCGCUCUUUAGCUUGCUUUUCAUAUGCGUCGGCAUAGCCACAACGGCGAGUGCAGCGGUGCUUUGGAACAAGAAACAAAAUGCAAUGAAAGCCCAACAGAUCCAAAACAUGGAGGCGGCGACACCGACAGUGUCACCUGGGUCAUGGUUCUACAAUGCUGAUAGGGAGCUGGAGAGCCUGCCCCACCAGUCUCUUGUGCAAGCUACCAAGGUGCACUUUGGUGAAAGGCCCAAUCUCAAGAAGAUGCUGUUGGAGUGUGAAGGAUCCAGCGUUGGAGUUUUGGUGUGUGGUCCCACCAAAAUGAGGCAUGAGGUUGCAACCAUUUGUUCUUCUGGUUUGGCGGACCACUUGCACUUUGAGUCUAUCAGCUUCAGCUGGUGAUGGCAUGCACUUCCAUUGGCAUGACCCCAGAGAAAGGCACGUGUGAAAUCAAGAGCAUUGGGUGUGAGCGUGUGAGUUUUGGGGUUUGACUGAAAAAUGUUAAUAAAUAUGGUAGUAUCUUCUACCAUGGUAGGUACAUGUAAGGGGAACCUAUCAUCUACCAUCAAUCAUCACUUGUUCAGGACAUCCGAGCCAUAUAAAUAACGGGUCCCACCGUGAAGAUUUCCUGUCUCGAAAAUCCUGCUCAUCCAUUCUAUAGGUGGGCCACACCUGUAUGCCAAGUCAGACCAUUGUCAAUCUAUAGUUUCGAUGGUCUGUCAGGCCAGAUGAGUAAAUCAGUCUGGUUCUCACGGCAGGAAAUCUCCUUGGUGGGGCCCACCGUUUACAUUCGAUUGUGGGGGUUGCAUUCUAGGAUAGCAUAUA